GGGAAAGAUAUGUUUUUUUAUUACUGAAUAAACUAAAACAAAACUUUCUCUACCGAAGCGAUUGAUAAAAAUAAUGACUAUUAUAUUUGAUAAAUUUUGCAUUCACAAUGCUAUGCUAGAAAUUCUAAAUUAAACAUGCUUAAAUAAUUACAUUGUUUUUAAAAUCGAUUCGGUUAUCAUUGAGUAUUGAUGUACUAAUAAUGUGUAGUGUAUAUUAUGAUGUUUUUUACGCAAUGAAAUAUUUCAAGUGUAAUAAACAAUUGCAGACGACUACGAAAUAAAAUUAUUAUUCAUGUUCAUGGCAGCAAUUAAAAAAAAAUUUCAAUCAUCCAUAAAUUAACGAAUGUCACGUAGCUAACAACAUUUUCAACUUUCACUAAGGCGCGAUGGCUAUUUUAACUUCACAAAACACACGACCUGCAAAAGAAAGCAAACAAAUCAAGUUCGCGGAAUACCCGAGACAUUUUCUCUUUCGUAUAUGCCAAUGUCAUAUUAAAGCUGAUUUGUAAUAACGUCAUUUUCGUAAAUCAUAAUUAUGAACGAACCGAACAGUACGUUGAUCAUAUCUACAUAGUAUUUUUUUAAUAAGCGACCUACAAUCUACCAGUGCAGUAAACGCGCGAACGCUCCCGAGCCCGUUAGCAUUAUGAAUUACAAAUAUGUAAGUGAGGCGCGGACAGAAGCUGAGGAUAGUCGCACAGCACAGGCCUUCGUGUAAUCGGUCGGUGAACCGUUUGUUUACCGGAGCCGGUACCGCAGCAGCCACCAGCAAACCAGGUGUAGGUCAACGAUGGUGGGAGGCGCGCGCGCCGCACCAGUCCACACCAAGCCGCCAGUGCGUGCGCGUUCAUCUCAGAAAUGGACCUAUUACCGUGAAAGCAAUACCGGUUCCAAAACAAUACGAAAGUGACCCAUUUCCCACUGUGGUGAUCUAAUGAUGACAAUUGAUCGGUGAUUUACAGAAAAAAAUUGGUAUAUAACGUGAAAGUGUUUCAAUUUAGUGACUAAUUGAAGGAUUAUCCUUAUUUGGCGUAUAUAUUUCUUUAUUUUCAGGGAUAUUGCAUCAGUAGAAAAGCCGAGCGGCUUUUGAUGAUGACCAUGCUACUGUCAAUACUAUUAAAUAGCGUCAACGGUCAGUGCCCAUGGGAAGGGGCUCCAGCGUUACAAGCGGCUUGCGUGUGCGCAUACAAUCUGGCCCGUGACUUAUCAAUACAAUGUGACCAGGUUGACUUCAAUAUUCUUUUAGCAGCAAUAAACACAAGUACACCUCGAGGCACAUCCAUAGAUCUUCUGUAUAUAAAUAAUUCAACAAUUCCAGUUCUCAAAAAUGACAUGAUUACGAAUUUAAAAAUACACAAUCUGCAAAUAUCAGGUUGUAAGAUAAAAAAAAUCGAAGACGACGCGUUUAAGGGACAAGGACCUUAUUUGAAGAAUUUGAAUUUACAAGAUAAUGAAUUGCCCGGGAUUCCCGUGAAGUCUCUGAAGAUAUUAACAAACCUUUCUUUACUUGAUUUAUCGAAAAACCACCUAACCUACAUCGAUAAUCAUUCAUUUAUUAAUUUACGCAAAUUGACAACUUUGAAGCUGUCAGAUAAUAACAUCACUUUAGCAACUCACGCACUUUCAGGAUUAGAAAAUUCGUUGAAAAAUUUGAAUCUGAAAGGCACACGGCAAAAGUCUGUUCCUGAUUGUAUAAGAGGUCUUCGCAGUUUAGCUUUUUUAGAUUUAUCACAGAACAGUAUAAGAGAAUUGCCAGGACCUGACGGGAGUUACACUUUCGAAGGAUUAGAUUCAUUGACAGCUCUUAAUUUAGAAAGGAACCUAAUAGUAAAUUUACAAGAAGAUGCAUUUGAAGGUAUAAAAUCAACACUGAGUUCGUUAAGUCUUCUCAAUAAUUUGUUACCAGAAUUUCCAACAAAGGCCAUUGCGACGCUAAGUGAUCUGAGAGUUUUAGAUAUAGGUUUUAAUUUACUGAACAAAUUACCUGUGGAUGCUUUUUCAAAAAAUACUGCAAUAACACUUUUAGCAUUAGAUGGUAAUCCUUUGCCAACAGUACCACUAGAAGCGUUUGCUCAUCUUAACCAAACGCUUCGCGGACUCAGCUUAGGUGGAAGAUUUUUAAACUGCGACUGUCGAUUACGUUGGAUAAUUGAAUGGAUACGCAAUGGAGAACUACAGGUCACUUCUCGAGAAAGAAACCCUCAGUUUUGCGGCACGCCAUCUCAAUUCAGGGAGCGUGGUUUUUAUAGUUUUGAACCUAACGAAUUAGUAUGUGAACAUGAAACAACUGCCAUUCCUGAAAAGUCGACAAUAGUGAAAAAAGAGAGCGACGAAAAGAAAACUAGUCCUACUACAAUUACUUCUUUUACGGUAAUUCCCAAAGAUACUCCAAACACUUCAACUACAACACCGUCAACUCCUACAACUACUACUUUUGCUAACACUGAUACAAAAUCAAAAACUUCGCCAUUAACGACUACUACCACUGUACGCCCCAGUCGCAUUCCGUCCAUAAGGCCUGCGGCACCAACUUGGCGUCAUGCACCUAACCAACGUCCCCCACUUGUCAUGAAUUUCCCACAGCAAAAACAAAAGAUUGAUGAUUCUAAUGAAGUUAUUGUAAAGAAUGCAUAUAGACAAGACAACUCAGUCAUCAUUCAAUGGGAUUCAGAUGUCGCUAAUAUACUUGGCUUCCGCGUCGUAUAUAGACUUUUCGGAGAUAAAAGCUUCAAGCAAGGACCACCUCUAGAGGCUAGCGAAAGAGAAUUCAAAAUAAAAAAUGUUCCAUCACAGGUAAUUUUAUCUAUUUGUUUUUCAACAAUAUCAUUAUAUGUAAAUAAUUAGGAUAAACUGAAUUAUCAUUAUUCAUAACAUGAUGAUAGACAUUUGUUUCUUAUAUUUUCAUGCACUAUUCAUUAAAUAAAACUACUUCUGUAAAUUGUCCGAAACGUCUUUUCAAAAAUCCAUCAUUUGAAAGUAGUUUUAUUCUAUGAUAGUGGAUGAUAUUGUUCUAAAAUAUAUAGUAUAACUAAAACAACAUUUUACACACAAUCUAAAUUUACCCGUUUUAACAUUAUUUUCAAUAUUUUCAUUACAGGAAUGCAUUGUGGUCUGCGUGAUCUCCUUGGAGGAGGUACACGUAAGUCCAGAAACAGUUCCGUACUCUCAAUGUCGAGAAGUACGAACAGUUUCAGCCGCAGCUUCUAAUAUGGACAAAAUUACGAUAGCGGCUAGCGCAGCAAUCUGCGGCACUAUUGUAGUGGCAGUGCUAGUUUUUGCGGCAGCAUCACGUCGUCGUUCACGCACCAUUCACCGCCUACAAGCUCCUGAGAAACUACCAAAUGCCUGCUGUGGUGGUCUGACCGGCACACCUAGCCCCAGUGGACCGUUGUCAUCGUUAGCGACUCUCGGCGCUUUUGGAAAACAGCGUGAGUGGGAUCAAGUGUCAGCUUACAGCUCACGGUCGAUCCCGCGCGCACGCACUUUUACCGAACCAACCCACCCUGAUCCCUUACCAGGCCGACCCGGUAGAGCGCGUUCCCUCGCAGAUGGCCAGUCACAACAUAGCUAUUCCCACUCUGCUCGCUAUGGAGGCCCCGGCUAUCCAAGCAGUUUGUUAGGAUCAAGAACCGAUCUUCGGCAAUCGCGUCAAUCCUUAGGGGCGGCAUCAGAACGAGCGUCACGUUUAUCUUUAAGUGGCGCAGCAGGCGGCGCUACUGGUGGUACGACUAGUUCCCGAAGGCGACCUCGUUCACGGUCGCGACCGGCUAGCCGUUACAGCGUCGGAUCACUCGGCCUGGGUUAUUGUGAUACCUCAGACAAUUGGACAGAUCACGAUAUGGACAUUUACAUGGCACGAAACCCUACGACAAGGGGCGGUCUGGUGCCGUUAUAGCGCGCGAGAAGUAUGGCGCGGACGGGAGUGACAUCGCACGGACGCUUCUCGCCAUCCUCGAAGAGCAAGAUGGUCUGCACCUCGUGGUGUGCACAUAAAGCUCACAAACAUAGACUUCACUACCACCGUGUCAGCCGAGAAAUGCCUGAACGUAAUUAAAUUUGGACUACAAUAAUAUUUUAGUCCACAAAUAACCAUUUUUGUGUAAGGAAAUAUUGCAAAUUGUUACUGCUAAAUAUUGCUAUUAUACAGAUAGUGAAGACUGACAAAAUUGGUGCUUAUUUAUUGACAACUAUAUCUUAUUAUUAAUGUGCUUAGAAUGUUAAUGACUUUAAAUUUUGUAUAUAUAAUUCUAACACCCAUUUUCACUGACCGAGAACAAGGCAUAGCUUAAGUAGAGAACGCCUAACAUUAACUUCAUGUCA